UUUUAAAUGCAAGUCGAGAAGACGAAUUCAACACAAUCCAAUUGGCGGUGGAAAAUGAUAAAUAUAAGCCCUCAAAAUUGAGAAAAAUACACCAAAAUACCCCAAAUAAAAUACUCCGAUUUCUAGGGUUUUUAAAAGAUGGCAUGUCGGUGAAUAUUAUAAAAAAAGAGGGCAAAAUAGAAUAAACGGCAGUAGAGAAGACGGACAGAAGAAGAAGACGAUGAGAUGAGAUCCGAUCGCCUUGAAGACCUCAGAAAAUAUCGUCCACAGAAAUAACGAUUCUCGAGCCUUUGAUCCUAUUAAGCUUUCGGCGAUCGGAUUUCCAGGUUCGGAGCAGCUGGACCUCUGAUCUGGUCUGUAUUUCGAGGGAUUUUCCGGUUUUUAUGGUUGUUUUUUGAGCAUCGGAAGUGGUUUUUGGAGCUGGAUUUAGGGUUUUUGGUGCGAAAAUGGUAUGGAGAGGGGUUUAGGGACUUGGAGAUCUGAUUCUCGUCUGGUUGAUUUGAUUCUGGUAGGAAUCUUCGUGGAGAUUCUGGCGUCAGUGAGUGGUUAGGAUUUUGCGGCGACAAGGAGGAUCGGUUUAGGGAACUGGCAAAGAGUGAUAAUUAUCUUAUUUUGGACGGCAAGAACUGUUUAGAGUCUUUCGGACUGAAGCUUCACGUCUUUGUAGUUUUUACCCUUUUGUAUUGGGAUGGGCUGUAGCUGGUCCAGUCUCAGUCCAUGCUGCUGGGAUUCACAAUUUAAGGGGGCCGUUCUUGAAGCUCCCGAUAGAAUGAGGAGAAGAAUGAGGUUGAUGACGUGCCUGCAUUCUGCGAGUACUCUUUUGAUCAACUUAGGGUUGCUACAGCUGGUUUUGCUAUGGAGAAUAUUGUGUCUGAACAUGGAGAAAAAGCCCCAAAUGUUGUUUAUAAAGGGAAGCUGGACAAUCAAAGGCGGAUUGCUGUUAAGCGCUUUAAUAGAUCGGCUUGGCCCGAUUCACGGCAGUUCUUGGAUGAAGCAAGAUCUGUGGGUCAGCUCCGCAAUCACAGAUUGGUAAAUUUACUUGGUUGCUGUUGUGAAGGUGAUGAGAGGUUGCUUGUAGCUGAAUUUAUGCCCAACGAUACACUUGCAAAACACCUUUUUCACUGGGAAGCAGAACCUAUGAAAUGGGCAAUGCGAUUAAGGGUGGUUCUACAUCUUGCUCAAGCUCUAGAAUAUUGUACUAGCAAAGGACGAGCGCUUUAUCAUGAUCUUAAUGCUUAUAGAAUUUUAUUCGAUGAUGACUGUAAUCCUAGGCUCUCAUGUUUUGGUCUGAUGAAGAAUAGUCGGGAUGGAAAAAGUUAUAGUACUAAUUUGGCAUUUACUCCUCCAGAGUAUUUGAGAACUGGAAGAGUAACACCAGAAAGUGUAAUAUAUAGCUUUGGCACUCUUUUGCUUGAUCUUCUCAGUGGAAAGCAUAUUCCUCCUAGCCAUGCGCUUGACCUUAUACGGGACCGGAAUUUUCUGAUGCUGACUGAUUCCUGCUUGGAAGGACAGUUCUCAAAUGAUGAUGGGACUGAGUUAGUACGCUUAGCAUCUCGUUGUUUACAGUAUGAGCCCCGAGAGCGGCCUAAUGCAAAGUCACUAGUGGCUGCCUUGACUCCUCUUCAGAAGGAAACCGAUGUUCCAUCUUAUGAGUUGAUGGGGAUACCGCAUGGUGCUGCAUCCUCAUUGCAGCAACUAUCUCUAUCACCCCUUGGCGAUGCUUGCUCAAGAAUGGAUUUGACCGCCAUACACGAGAUCUUGGAAAAGGUCGGCUACAAAGAUGAUGAGGGAACUGCUAAUGAGUUGUCAUUUCAGAUGUGGACCGACCAAAUGCAGGAGACUUUGAACUCAAAGAAAAAGGGUGAUGCUGCUUUCCGACACAAAGAAUUCAGAGCUGCAAUCGAAUGUUACACUCAGUUCAUUGAAGUCGGGACUAUGGUUUCUCCAACAGUCUUGGCACGUCGCUGCCUAUCAUACCUCAUGAGCGACAUGCCACAGCUAGCACUUAACGAUUCAGUGCAAGCCCAGGUCAUAUCUCCUGCAUGGCCCACCGCAUCCUAUCUGCAGGCUACUGCCCUUCUUGCCCUCGGAAUGGAAAAUGAAGCUCAUGAAGCGCUCAAAGACGGUUCGUCCCUAGAAGGUCGAAGAACUACAGCUGCCUGAUGGUAGAAAGACUAAAAAAGAAGAGUAAACAACUGAAGGGCAUAUUAGUCAAGCUUUCUUAUUUCUAUACAAAUCGCCCUUAUUGAACAUAACAACGCAAACCAUGCAAUCUUCUCGCUUGUGGGAAAAUGACCAGAACACCCUUCUGAAAUAUUCACCGUAAUCCCUCAAUUUUUUAAAAUCGAGGAUCUUUAUGUUUUGGUCAGUUAUCAAACAGUGAGGAGGUUUCCUGAUUUGCAAAAUGACAUGUUUGCCCCUUGAUGAGCCCUGUUCUCAAUCAAUUGCAAGUGUAUGUGAGUAUUUUUAAAUGACCAUAAUGCCCCUGGAAUGAUUUGCAGAAUUCACAUGUGAGGGGGGGGGGGGGCUUUCCUGCCAUUUUAGGAAAUUGGAAAUGGGUUCAUAUCCAGUAAUGGGAAAAGGGGGUAUAUAUAUAUAUAGACAUAUAUAUCAUUCUUUAUCCAUGACCAUGUUGUUUGUACAAUGGGCAUAUGAUGAUGUAUGGGUGCAUGUGAGUGCUGGAAAAACAUGUAAUUUGUGUACAGCAACUGGUUUUUGAUGUGUUCCCUCCCCAUGGCUGUGAUGUUUGGGUGUAUUUAUUUGUAUCUUUCUUGCAAUAGCUGUUUUGAGCUUGUCUGAUUUAACUGUCUUUUUUCUAACUGUAUUUUUCUGUAUGUUGUUCAUGAAUGUACUCAUAUAUGUAUGACAUUGUCAAUCUAUGGUCCUUUUUUUUUUCCUUUUU